AUGAAAUCUUCCCCAAUAAAUGCUCUCCAAGUUGAAUGUGUAGAUCCCCCUCUUUACCUAAGAAGACAAUAUCUUUCGGACCGAUUCUUUUUUAAAAUCUAUCAACUCUCUUCACAUCCUCUCAUUUCUAAAUUACACCUUCUUUUGGAAUAUAUUUCAACAAAGCAUUACUGGACUCAUAAAGAAUCUCCCUGCUUAUCCAACAGUUUGGUAACAUUACUCCAUCUACCACACCCAGUAUCACAAUGCAAGUCCUGUCCCAUCUUUGAUAUCCCAUAUGAUGCAAUUAUUUUCCAACCAAAUAUCCACCUCGACCUUGGUAUUGAGAAAGAUUGCCCUAUAGCAAAUAGUAAACUAAGUAGAGUCAUAGAUAAUUUAUGGAAAGGCUGGCUUAUUAUAUACACUGAUGCCUCCAAAAAGUCAGGUGAAAGUUGCACUGGAGCAGCAGUUUGGAUUCCCAGAUACAAAAUAAUCCUCAAUUUUAAAUGCCCUUCUAUUUCUUCCACUUUUACUGGCGAGGCCACGGCAAUUUAUGAAGCUUUGAUUUAUAUAGAAGCACACAACUUAAAUAAGUCAGUUAUUCUUACCGACUCCAAAAGCUGUUUGUUAGCAAUUUUGUCAAACCAGUUCCAAAGUAAAUAUAAGUUACCCUUGAUCCUCAAAAUUAAACACACAUUGUAUAGAUGUCAUCUCAAGGGCAUUCAGGUUUCCUUAGCUUGGAUUCCAGGUCAUAGUGGCAUUAAGGGCAAUGAAACAGCUGAUCUGAUGGCUAAAAAUGCAAGUCGAAAUGGUUUGCCAUGUAAUUUAAUUUACUCUUCAGACAUAGUGUUACUUGCAAAGAAGAAGUUAAGUAAUAAUUGGAACACAUUAUGGAAAGCCACUCAAAAUAUAAAAGGUAAACACUAUGCUGCUAUACAAUGUGCCAUCCCUCCAAAACCAUGGUUUUUCAAAUUUAAUAAAGCUAACAAACAGUCAACAUCAACUAUUUGUAGACUUAGAAUUGGCCAUGCUUGUACACCAGUACAUUUAGCCAAACUGAGGAUUAGGGAUAGUUCCCUCUUCGAAUGUGGGUUAGAUGAGGGAACCUCAGACCAUAGUUUUUUUAACUGUCCAAAAUUAUCUUGUUCACUCUAUGAUCAUCUCCCUCCUGACAUCCCUCGUCCUAUAAAUUUUGAUUCACUUUUAACCUACACAAAUACUCCUUAUGUAUAUAUUCUGUGUGAUUUUAUUAACACUAAUAGUAUAAAAGUUUAA